GCCUCUCUAGCAACUGUCAGUCAAGUGACGCAAAAGCUUCUGCAGGUGCUAAAGUGGGGAUUGUAUCUGAGCUGCAUCAGGGGGAAAAUAUCUAAAACCAUGGCCUCAGCUACAGAUGCACGCUAUGGACAGAAGGAGUCUGCUGACCAAAACUUUGACUACAUGUUCAAAAUCCUGAUCAUUGGCAACAGUAGUGUUGGCAAAACCAGCUUCCUGUUCCGCUACGCAGACGACUCUUUCACCCCUGCCUUUGUAAGCACUGUAGGAAUUGACUUCAAGGUGAAAACAAUCUACAGGAAUGACAAGAGAAUAAAACUUCAAAUUUGGGACACGGCUGGUCAGGAACGGUACAGGACCAUCACCACCGCGUACUACAGGGGAGCCAUGGGCUUCAUCCUCAUGUAUGACAUCACCAAUGAGGAGUCCUUCAACGCUGUGCAGGACUGGUCAACCCAGAUCAAGACCUACUCUUGGGACAAUGCUCAGGUCCUGCUGGUGGGGAACAAGUGUGACAUGGAGGACGAGAGGAUCGUGGCUGGAGAGAGGGGCAGGCAGCUGGCAGAACAGCUAGGCUUUGAGUUCUUUGAGACCAGUGCCAAGGACAACAUCAAUGUCAAGCAGACUUUUGAGCGCCUGGUUGAUGUCAUCUGCGACAAGAUGUCGGAGAGCCUCGAUGGCAACGACCCCGCGGUCGCAGGGGUCAAGCAAGGCCCAAGUCUCACCGAACAGCCUCAGCGCAGCCAUUCGGACUGCGCCUGCUGAAAAUGCCCCACCACCACCAUCUCCAACCAGUCCCCCCCCCCCCCAAUCUGAUACCUGAAGACCAGGCCUGUGCUGGAAAUGUGGGUUGGAGGGGCUGGGUAAGGUUCAGCCCCAGUAUCCCCUAGGUGUUCUACAUACAUAGAAACUUGUCUGUCUUUUUUAUUUAUUUAUUUUUGGAAACUGGAAUUUGAAAGCUUAGUAGCGUGCCCGGGAGUAGAGAAUGCAGGUCUGUGUAUGUAGCCAACCAGAUGCCAGAACUACAUACUCCUCCUCCAUGAGAGAUCAGACACUCUUGCAGAUCCACAGGUGUUAAUCAGUUUCUCUGUUUUCUCUGUCUUGGCCUUGGGCCAUGGAGUUACACGUUACCAGAGCAAUUUUUUAAACUGCUGUGCGCCCUCUUCUCCCUAUUUUUUUUUUUUUUUUUUUUUUUUUUUUUAACCUACUUCUUUAGUAAGGCAAAAAAUAUUGAAAAGUUUAUCUGUAAAGUAGAGGAGUUUAUAUAAAUGUGCAAAAUGAAGUAGAUGAAGAGAUGAAGAAAAAUAUUAUUGAUACAGUAUGGAAAGGCCACUGAAAAAUAAGCAUACACUGAGAAGAGAUGGGUUUAAUGUGUUACACGUGUGUGUAUGCGCGUGUGUGUGUGUGUGUGAGAGAAUGCUGCACGACUUUAGAGUUAAUUUGUUUACUCUUGCUUUUUUUUAUGUGAAUAAUUAUCCAAAGCUUUUACUGACCCACACCUCUGUCUGCCCCUGUAGUGGAGCUUUCUGUGCUGUUAGGAUGUAUCACGUGACAAUGUGAGUGGCACUUGAGGAUCAUGGAUGAGUCCAUAUUCUCCAGGCGUACACAAAGACCCAGAGGGUGUGCAGACUGUACGUUUUGAUGCACAGCUGCCAAAGGUCCCCGUCUGUAUGUGUGUAGUUCCCUUACCCAUGUCUGUUUGUAUGGAAAUCGUGUCAGGGUUUUAUUUGUUCAUGUCAGCGCUGGAAACUUGACUAAUUGCUCGCUGAGCUUCAUCAGGUGAAAUGGAAGCUUCUGAGCAUAGGGACACUAAACAGAUGAGAAUAUCACUUGUGGCAUACAAAAGCUAUCCGUAUAUUUUUAUGUACAGUAUUUCUACACUCUAUUUAUUUAAGUAUUUAUUUAUUUAUUUAUGUAUUUAUUGAUAUUCAUAUUUAUUUGUAUGCAUUUAUUUUCACUGUGUAAAGUUGCACUCAUGUUUUAAAAAACGACAGUGGGCGUGUUCUUACAGUUGUGAAAGGACUUUAAGGACAUCUGAUCCUUUGUGGCUGCAACUUUCUAGAAUUCUGUGCACUCUUACAACAAAUGUGUUGAAAACAACAACUUCUUUUAACACAUCUGUGUGUUCAGAUAGGAACAACGCAGUUUGUGUUGUUUUCUUUUUUUAAAAUUUGUUACACAAUUUGUGUUGAAAAUAACACAACUUACGUUGAAAACACAUUGUUUUAAGAGUGUGGAUUCCCCAAACUGAACAGAACAAAAAAUAACACCAUGUUAAACAUUUAAAGGCAAACUCUGAAACAAAGCAAAGCAAGUGAGUCACUGUCAUCAUUCCAUUUUCCUCUCCAUUCCAAAGACAAGCUGGUUUCACCUGGUGACAAAAAUGUUAUGACCAAAAAUAGUUAGGUCCCAGGGAUCAAAUGCUACCAAAUGGGCAAAAUGUCUCAUUGGGUUCUUCUUCAUAAUCCUGUCUUUGGCCACCGUAAAUGUAUGCUGGUGCGUGAGAUGCUUGCUCAAACUGCCAAGAGUGUCCGUUGCUCAUCACGUUAGGUCUGUGUUAGUGUAUUGGUGGUGUAUUUUGACAGCUGUAGACAUGCCUUGCCCUAGUUCCCUGAAGUUUGACUAUGCCGUCUUCCUUUCUGUAAAUAAUGCGUUUUCUGGGGGGUGAAGUUGUUGUAUGUGUGAAAUGUGCUGUAAUGUAUCUUCAGGUUUCUGGAAGGAAGAAAUAAAAGAAGAAAACAAUA